AUGAGUGUGGGUGUUCCUCUGAUCAUCAACAAGAGAGUGGGGGACUCUGUGGAGCUGCUGGCAGGCUUAGAGAAUGGACAUUUCAAAUCAUUGGAUUGGAAGCAUAGAGGAAGGAAUAUUGCAGAAUUUAACUCAGAAGUUGUAUAUUCACCUGGAUCCCAGUUUGAGGGGAGACUAAAGAUGAACACCAAAAACUUCAGUUUAACAGUCAGAGAACUGACACUGCAAGACUCAGGGGAUUUUCUACUUACAGGCGAAGGGGACAAAGGUCAGAUUGGCAGUAAGACCAUCACUCUGAAGGUCCACGAGCCUAUAUCCAAGGUGGCGAUCCAGARAGACAUCAAGCUAUUGGCCAACCGCUCCUGUACGGUACGGCUGCUGUGCAACAUGUCCUGCUACCCCAACAUUACCUACACCUGGGAGAGAGACAAUGAGAUUUUCGGGGACGCCCAGCAGAUUCACUUCUCUCUCUCACCAGCAGAGAGAAACAUCAGUGUAAAGMGCAACGCCUCCAACCUGGUCAGUUGGAAAACUGCCUCUGCAACAGUAAAGUGUAGAAAUGACACAACCACCCCAGGACUGGCGUGGUAUACCAUCUAUAUCGGAUUAUCAGUGGGAGGUGCUGUGGUGCUGAUUCUUAUUGUAGCUGUGGCAGUGUGCUAUUGCAGGGGCCAAAGUAUCACGGCAGAUCUAACUGACAACACAAUAUAUGCUGAUGUUAUGAUCAACACAAGAAGUAGAGAUGUAAGUAUGCAUUGCCGUUAUUAUGUAUCUGAYUGUGUGAAGCUGUAUGUACUGAAUUGCGUAACUCCUGGACCCUCUACAUCAGUCCUAGUAGGAGUGGUUGUGGGCCUGGUUGUUGCUGGUGUUCUACUGGCCAUUCUCCUGGUACUGCUGUGUCGAUAUAAAAAAGCCGGAGGCCCCCCCAGCUCCAGAGGACCAACCUGGACCCCCAACAGGACCAAGGAUCUACCCAGGGCCAUGCUCCUGAUGCUGAGUAUACACYUCUGCAGCAUG